AUGUCGCGUCAGCUGCUAUCGUGUCGGGAUUGGAAUGUUACAGAGUAACAAUCGGAACAACUGAGCAUUUGGUAAUUGGACACUAGGAUCAAAGAAUUCCUCCUUUUCAACGUUUUCUGUGUAUCUGAGAAGUCAUAUCUUACUGCGGCGCGAGGUCGUUGCGCUAGUUUAUUCUAUUGCCAGGCCCUCUUCACCGAUGAAAUUAUUGUAUUCUUGCGUGUGUGAGGGUCUGUCUGGGGAUUAUAAAUAAGAGAAAUGCAGGGAUUCGUGCGGCUACAGUUAUACAGAUGAACUGCUGUUUUCCCAGGCUCUCUUGUCUCCUGUCCAGUGGAACCAUGGACUGGAUCCCAACGUUUCCACACUGACGGCGUUCUACCCUGGUCAACGUGUUAACGACUUUACAUCUAUACCGCGGGAUAGCGUACCUAUAGUGUUCGCCGUGGCAAACAGACCCAGGAACCCCCCGCCUCUACUCCACGAACGAGAGAGUUGGUGUUGAGAUUUCGGACCUCUAUUAGAUUGCCUACCCAAACGAAUUUUAACAUUUGAAUACAACCAGACAGUAGCCUACAAAGGACACAGGCAACAAUAUUAGGAAAUCUUAGAUUUGAUCGUUGGUAGAGAUCACACCGGAGGAGUGCAAUAGCUACACCGAUUUUUGAAAUGGUCCAAGUAGAAUAGGGGGAGCGAUAAAAUACAUGUUAAAUCGCCCACAUGCUCUGGAUCAAUCGCUGGAUAGGGGAACGGAAUACGAACACAGUGGAAAACGCGAGUUCGAAAUCCUUGCAGGCUGGAAGAUGGCGGAGCGGUGGAGGUGGUGAGAGCCUAACUUUGGGCGACUUGAAAUUUAUUUGUAAACAACUCGACCCUAUUUGUAGGACACAUGCAGGCCAAAAAACGAUAUUUAAUCCUGCUCUCCGCCGGUGCAUGUCUAGUUCUACUGUUCUACUUUGGUGGGGUCCAACUUCCAGCCACGGGCAGGAACCGGCAUGAUCGAAGCCGCAAUGGAUAUCGCACGGACCAGCCGUGGCCACACUUCUCCGACCCGUUACAACGUUUCUUGCCCUGGGAUCAACUGGACACAGAGGAAUACAACCUUCACAUAUCUCCCAGGCAGAAGAGGGACGUUAACACGAGUGUUUACAAAGGCAAACGAUGCCGCAUGGAUUCAUGCUUUGAUUUCUCUAUAUGUAAAAAGAACGGUUUCAAAGUUUAUGUCUACCCCCAGCAAAAGGGGGAGAAAAUCUCAGAAAGUUACCAGAAUAUUUUAUCGACCAUUGAGGGAUCCAGGUUCUAUACAUCUGACCCGGGACAAGCUUGUCUAUUCAUCCUGAGCUUGGACACUUUAGAUAGGGACCAGCUCUCGCCACAGUACGUGCACAAUCUCAAAACCAAGGUCCAGAGCCUGGCUCUCUGGAACAACGGUAGAAACCACCUCAUAUUUAACCUGUACUCGGGGACAUGGCCAGAUUACACGGAAGACCUUGGCUUCGACAUAGGACAGGCUAUGUUGGCCAAGGCCAGCAUAAGUACAGAGAACUUUCGGCCCAGCUUCGACGUGUCCAUCCCGCUGUUUUCCAAGGAGCACCCGCAAACCGGCGGUGAGAGGGGAUACCUAAAGUACAACUCCAUUCCACCUUUCAGGAAAUAUAUGCUGGUGUUCAAAGGGAAGCGAUACCUGACGGGUAUUGGGUCAGACACGAGGAAUGCCUUAUACCAUGUCCACAACGCAGAGGACGUGGUGCUCCUCACGACCUGCAAACACGGAAAGGACUGGCAGAAGCACAAGGACGCGCGCUGUGACAAAGACAACGCGGAAUAUGACAAGUACGACUACAGGGAGAUGCUGUACAACUCCACCUUCUGCCUGGUGCCUCGGGGGCGACGCCUGGGGUCCUUCCGCUUCCUGGAGGCUCUGCAAGCGGCGUGUGUUCCGGUCAUGCUCAGCAACGGCUGGGAGCUGCCCUUCUCUGAGAUCAUCAGCUGGAACACUGCGGCGGUCAUCGGGGACGAGAGACUACUGCUGCAGAUCCCUUCCACCGUGCGCUCCAUCCAUCAGGACCAGAUCCUGUCUCUCAGACAGCAGACCCAGUUCCUCUGGGAGGCCUACUUCUCCUCUGUGGAGAAAAUAGUGCUGACCACUCUGGAGAUCAUUCAGGACCGUGUUCUGGAGUCCUCAUCCAGGAGUACCCUGAUGUGGAACCGGCAUCCUGGGGGGCUCUUCGCCCUACCGCAGUACUCCCCCCACCUGGGGGACUUCCCCUUCUACUACGCCACCCUAGGAAUUAAACCGUACGCUAAGUUCACAGCCGUCAUCCAUGCCGUCACCCCCCUGGUCUCCCAGUCCCAGCCUGUUCUCAAGCUGCUGCUGGCUGUCGCCAAGUCACAGUACUGCGCUCAGAUCAUCGUGCUGUGGAACUGUGACAAGCCCCUCCCUGCCAAGCACCGAUGGCCUGCUACCUCAGUACCUGUCAUCGUCAUCGAGGGAGAAAACAAGAUCAUGAGCAGCCGGUUCCUGCCCUAUGAGACCAUAGUGACGGACGCCGUGUUCAGUCUGGACGAGGACACGGUUCUCUCUACCACAGAGGUCGACUUCGCCUUUACGGUGUGGCAGAGUUUCCCAGAGAGGAUUGUGGGAUAUCCUGCCCGUAGCCAUUUCUGGGACAGCAACAAGGAGCGCUGGGGGUACACGUCCAAGUGGACCAACGACUACUCCAUGGUGCUCACCGGGGCGGCCAUCUACCAUAGGUAUUACCACUUCCUGUACACCAAUUUCCUGCCGGACAGCCUGAAGGGCAUGGUGGACCAGCUGGCCAACUGCGAGGACAUCCUCAUCAACUUCUUGGUCUCCGCGGUAACCAAGCUCCCUCCCAUCAAGGUCACCCAGAAGAAGCAGUACAAGGAGACCAUGAUGGGACAGACGUCGCGGGCAUCGCGUUGGGCUGACCCAGACCACUUCGCUCAGCGGCAGACGUGCAUGAACAAGUUCGCCAGCUGGUUUGGCGGCAUGCCGCUGGUCCACUCCCAGAUGAGACUGGACCCGCUUCUGUUCAAGGACCAGGUCUCCAUCCUCCGCAAGAAAUACAGGGACAUCGAGCGCCUCUGACAGGCCUUGCGCCCCCUGCAGGAGGGGCGGGGGGAGGGGCAGAGGGGGAGGGGAGAGA